GACGAGGGCGCUGCAGGCUGCUGAGAUGAUGACUGAUAGCGAGAGGAGGAUGAAGGAGAGAAUGGAGGCCGUCAGCCGAAAGGUGGAGGAAGCGCUGAGCAGAACAGCAGACACGGAGAACCAGCUGAGAGGACUGGAGGCUCGGGUUUCCUCCUGCACAAAGUCUUCGGAUGCGAGGUCAGCGGACGCCGGACAUCAUCCAGCAGUCAGCAGGAACAUCUUCACCUCAGACCCUAUGAACACGAAACACGGUGGCUGCUUUUCGCACGCAGGAGCCGAGGAUAACAGCCGAGAGGGCACAUCUCAGGACACAGAUGAUGCAACUCAAACUCUGAAUGACUCGUCUGAGCCAGUGGUGAAGUGUGAAAUUGCUGUUCUCACGGACUCUUCUUCUUCAGAUCGUCUUCCUGUGGGACUGGUUAACGAGCAAAACCCACCAGUGCAGAACAGCAGUGAGAGAGGGGCUGCUGCUGCUGCUCACGAUCCUGUACCGGAAACUUCCCUGAACGCUGCCUGCGAGGAGCGAAAGCGGCAUGACACACGGGAGAACGGAGCCGGGUCAGAGGAACCAGGUGACGAUGACGACUCUCGAGUAAAGUCAGAGGAAAGGAAGAACGGUGGAGUUUCUCUAGAAGAAGCUGAUUGUGAUCAAAGCAUCAAGCUAGAGGAGAACAAAUAUCCCAACGAUAAGCAGGACGGAAGUUCUGGAAGUUCAGAAUUGGGACCGAGUACCAAGUGUGAAGUCUUCGCGUGUGUGGAGAAAGGACGCUCUGCAGAACCGGAGCAGUGUGACCAAACGCCCAGCUUCUAUUUAAGUGAAGGUGCAUCGAAGGGCAGUGGACAUUGGGAAGAAGGAUCAGGAACCAGUGAAGGAAGCCAAGAGGAGACCAACAGGAACAUAAAGGAUUCAACAACAAAGUGGACGUGCAGCACAGCAGAAUCAGGGAACAGACCUGUUCAGAUCUGUCGGGUACAGACUGCAGAACCGGCUGGAACACUAAAGAAAGAAAUCUCCGCCGAAUGUGGAACAGCAGGAUCUCCGGCUAAACCGUCUUCUACAAGGCCUUUUCAUCUCGCAGUAUCGGAGUCCCACACACCUUUCUUUUUCCCUCGCACUCGCUCUCGACCUCCGACCGCCCACACUAUGCCCACUCUGCCGGAAGAGGAAGAAGAUUCUCCCGAGGAGAUCGACAGCGCCUCCAGCUCCCCAUCCUCUGUUAUGCCAGUCGAAUCCAAGCUAGUGAACGUAACCCUGUCGCCUCCUGCUAUCGUCCUGCCGAGACAAGUCAACAAGCAGGAACCGAAGCCCCUGGAGGAAGCUAGACCACACAGCCCGAGACCCCGGCUCUCGAGGAACCCCAGCUCCUCUGUGCCAAUAACUACAGUAGAUAACGAUGGUCACGUGAUCGACCUGGUGAAAGAUCAGCUUCCAGAGAUGCUGUUGUCCGAGGAGGACCGGCAGAAGAACCUGGAGCUGCUGGAGGAGGCGAAGAAAGUGAGCGAUCGCUUCCUGACGCGUAGGGGACGGCGGUCUACGUGUAGCCUCACAGACUCUCCUACAGCUCUCUCGCCCAACCCCACUCCAGGCUCCUCUCCUGUUCACUCCAGAAGCAGCUCAACCUCUGCACCGCCACCACAAAUGGAAGUCCUAGCAAAUCCUCCUUCAAGCCCGAGUCAGAGGUUGGAGGUGCCUGCAGCGCGGGACCACGGAGAAGCAAAUAAACCCGAGCAAGAGACUCUGAAGAAUUUUGUAGAAUGGAAACCGCCUGAGAAGCGCAAGGUUUCCUCUGGCAUGCUGACCCCCCGCCACACCGCCACCACCUCUGCGCCAACCAAAGAGCCCACUAGGUCUCCAAAGGAUAGUGCGGAGCUGUGCGUCUCCAUGGACGGGGGGAAAAAGCCAAUUCCGGUUCCAGCGGUCCAGAAACCAGAUAGCCAGACGCCGGCGACCGGAGUGGCCAAAGCGGUACAGCGGCCGGCCAUGCAGCAAGCUCCGUGCACAGCUGAGAUCAAGACCAUCGGGGCCUUCCCGCCUCUCAUGAGGGCCGUCUCCUGGGAUACGGUGGGCUCUCUGAACAUGAGGAACGGCGGACCCAAAGGAGAAGAUGGCCUCUCUUAUUCUGACAACCUGAAGCCUCCCGAAAAUAAGCUGUUGAGGAACCAGAGCAUCUCGGGGUCAAAGCUGCCAGACCUGAGCGAGACGGCCGAACAGGACCGAGAUCCGUCGUCUUCUACGUCCGAGUCCACAGCAGACGAGGAGUUGAAAGAGAAAGCAGACGCCAUGCCCAAUAUAUCAGACAUCAUGCUGCGCAAGCUCAAACUACACAGAGGCUUACCAGGCUGUGCCCCUCCGCUCACAGAGAAGGAAGUCGAGAAUGCCUUUGUGCAGCUGUCUCUAGCAUUCCGAAAUGACAACUACACGCUGGACACCAGACUGAAGCAGGCAGAGAGGGAACGCAACCUUACGGAGGAGAACACUGAGAAGGAACUGGAAGAGUUUAAAAACUCACUGAAGACCACAGUGUCUCUCUGGCAGAAUGCAGAGCAGAGGGAAUUCUACCAGCGCCUCAUCGAGACCGUAGCUGUACUGCACCGCCUCGCCAACCGUCUGUCCAGCCGGGCAGAGAUGGUGGGUGCAGUGCGACAGGAGAAGCGGAUGAACAAGGCCACUGAGGUGAUGAUGCAGUAUGUCGAGAACCUAAAGAGAACCUAUGAGAAGGAUCAUGCAGAGCUGAUGGAGUUUAAGAAACUAGCCAACCAGAACUCGCCCCGUUGUUAUGGAAGCUCAAUGGAAACUGGAGAUGACGGAGUUCCACGUGCAGCGAGAUCUAUGUCUUUGACAAUGGGAAAGGCUUUACCCAGAAGGAGAGUCAGCGUAGCUGUGGUCCCCAAAUUUAAUCUCCUGAACAUUCCUGGUCAGACUCCAACCACAGGGGGUCCUGCUCCAGGUCCUGGAGCUAAUUUUUGCACUGCUGCUGGCCCCGGCCCCAGCCCCGGCACUGGCCCUGGUGCACUUCCUGUACUGUGCGAGGCGAACAGUUUGAAGAGCGACUCCACUUCAGAUCCGGCGCAGCAAACAGCAGGGGAAAUUGGAAAAGUUCUGCUGGAGCAGGAAGGUGAGGCAGCUAACCCAGCCAAAGCUUCCUGUAUUCCAGAAGAGAUCAGAGCUGAGAUCAAGGCCAAGAUCGAGGAGGAAGCCUACAAUAAAGGGUAUCAGGAAGGACUGAAAAGACUUAAAGAGCUCCAGGAAAUGAAGGAGCAGGAAGAGAAGGCAGAAGAAAAAGAGACUGAGCCAGAAGAGAUAAAUGGAGAAGAGCUGGAAGAAGAAAAAAAGCCAAGCAGGUUUGAACGAGUUCUGGAAGUCCUUGAACGAAUAUGUCCAAAGAUCUUCAGGAGGAACCGGACGCUAUGGAUUGUACUUACUUUGUUCUUAGUAGUGUUCCUUUUAGUCAACCUCAUAAACUUCUUCAGCAACCUCUACGCCGAUCACGCAGACGCAACGGCAGAAAAGUCCAACGUUCCUGGCAAGAAGAAGUUUUUAGGACUGCAUGUCGGAUCAAAAAGUCCGAGUCCAGAGUAACACCAAAACUGCACUUCAGAGACGGUUUGAGGAGUUGAUUAACUUGAACCUUUGGAACCUUCAUUGUGUCAUGAGGAACCAAAUAACUUAAUUUAAGCUGUUUUUUUUGUUGUUUUUUAACGGAAAUGGGCAAAAUCGCAACAAAUCCUGUCGAGUGCGAAGUCCUUGUAAGAUUAUAUAUAUAGUUUGAUCUGUAACAAUUCGAGGCAAUGGUCACAUUUAAUGAGAUUUGAGAUUACAUUACCACUCAAACUUUACUAUUUUAUUCUCAGGUUGAGAAAUUAAGGACACUAUUUACGAGCUUUAAUCUCUGGUAUGGGUUUUGAAAUUCAUCGCUGACGUCUUCAUCAUCUGUUUGAUCUAGCAUUCCGGGGUAGCUUUUGCGUUCAAUUUUUGUGCAACACGAUAGAUUUCGAUUUUCGAUUCGGUAGAUUUUCAGAUGUGACGUGUUGGAUGGUGUCCUUGGAGCACGUUAGUGUGAAGAAUUUUCCACACCAAAAAAAAACAACAAAAAAAAAAAAAGUCAGACAACACUUACCUUCUUUCCUAGCACCAGAGGUUUGUCAUUGUUUUAGAUCAUUAAUUUUCAAGUGUGUUAAUGGUUUGUUGUGCCACUCCACUCCUGUUAAUAAAGGGGCCUUUUUUAAAAAAAAAAUAAAAUAAAAUAAUAAUAAUAAAAAAAAGGUCCAGCAGUUUCACACACGGUAAUAAAAUGCGCUACGUGUCACAAUCUUGUUUUUAUUUAUUUAUUUAUUAUUUUUUUUUUUAAUUUUUUAAUUCAGCUCAGUUAACCCUCACACUGUUAGUAGUGUAUUAACCUCUUCCUUCAUAUUAUAGUUAAACCAAGCAAUGGGAUUACAUACCUGUAUGAUGGUAGGGUACGUUAUAUCGCGAUGAGGAAAUCUCAAAUGGUUCUAAUAUCAGUGCUGUUACAAUGCUGUUCUAGGAAAAUAAUCAAGCACGUGAUGCUGUGACGAAACAGAUUUACAUCCCAAAGUUGAUUAUUUUCCAACAGCCUGUCCAGAAGUGUUUUAGUCAUCUUCUACCACAGCAUUUUACCAAUCAGUGUUUUAUUUAUUAACUAAUGACAAUUCAUACUUUUUAAAAAAAAUUUUUUUAUCCAUUUAUAGCUACAUUUUAAUGUUGUGGAACAAGUGAAACCAGUCUUAUCGCUAAUGUUAUAGCAGUCACUGUGUAAACAGUCAUUUCGUCACCAGCCUCUCUUCGCGCAACCCCAAAAAAACAUAGCUUGUCAAGUUGUUUUUUUUUUGUUUGUUUUUUUAUAGCUUUACUGUGUACUUUUUAUCUGUUUAUGAUUGUGUUUCAUGCUGUACAAACAUUUCCCUAACCAGCCUCUUUCUUUCUCUAGCUUUCUUUUGAAUUUAACGAGGCCAAAAAAAACCCACACCAAAAAAAAAAAUCCCAGAAGUUGAUUAUUUUCCUUUAACAGCACAUGCUGAAUUGUUUGCCACACUAAUUUUCCAACAGUUCCAAUUUUUAAUUUAUUCAUCAACACCACGUCAUGGUUUUUAAACACUGAUGGUUACAUUCGAUGAUGUGGGAUGUUCACAAAACACGUUCGCUCCGGUUCAAAUGUACGGCUCGUGUUAUAGCGGCUAUAAGGCGGUCACUUGCUAGGCUCUUACAGUUGAUGAUAAAUAAAUAAAGGCAGCUUGUCACGUUGCAGAGAAACCGCAAAGCGUGAAAACCCUUCUACCCCGAAGACCUUCCUAUGGCAGAGAAUUUCCCGUUACAAAGCGCUGACACUGGAGACUCCUUCCAUAAACGUUAAACGUCUCCUUAAAGAAAACGCCAUAUCGACGUUUACACGCUUUUCUUUGUUACAACAACUACACGUUCUUAAUGUUUUAUUAUUAGUCUUUAGAUAACGUCACUCAUCCACCAUACACGUCCCUGUCAAUGAGCCGUCGCUAUAGAAACGAUAACGUAUUCGAACGAGCGCGUUGAUAUAAACUUGUGAUUUUUACAGACACACUACUGUCAGGGUUGCUGUUGUAGAAAAUGAAUCUCCACCUUCUGAGAAAUCAGAAUGGAGAAAUCGACAGAGCUGUGGUAGAGCAGGUGCGGCAAGUGCAAUGAAUUCGAGUAAAUCUGCAAAAUUUUCAUAAAUAGUAUUGUAUAUUUAGUAGAACUGAUGGAGGAACUGAAAAACAACACGGCUCAUUGGUUUUUUUUUUUCUCCUAGCGUGCAGCAUUUUGUCACGUUGUCAUGAUGAGUCGAUAUUACGCAAACCUCAGCAGGGAACAAAAGUGCACGAUUAAUUCCGAUAGAAAAGCUGCUGACUCGCUGAUGAUGGCUCAUACUUCCUGUAUUCCUGUGUCAUUUCCCCCAUCUGUGGUGUGUG